CUAGUGUAUAUGUCUAUGGUGGUCCAGUCUUUUUCUUCUUCUUGUUCUUCUGGGCUUUACACUCCUUCACAGUAGGUGGCGGAAAUGCUCCUAAAGUUUGCCAACCGCUAGAAAACAAAAGAAGAAGACGGUUGUUCAAAACAGAUUCGAUCAACGAUCCCACAUGUCGCUUAAACAGAACCAGCCAGGAAACUACUUAUACUCGUUAGAUCAGUAAAACGAAACGUAUUUGUCUUUUGGCUAUUGUAGGCCUUUUUUCUGUCUGCGAGGGCAUACAAUACAAUGGCAGAAUCCAGUAUUUCAGUGGCUCAGAAUCAGUUCAAUUGUUCAGUCUGUCUGGAUCUACUGAAGAAUCCAGUGACCAUUCCCUGUGGACACAGUUACUGUAUGCACUGUAUCAAAGGUUGCUGGGAUCAGGAUGAUCAGAAGGGAGUCUACAGCUGCCCUCAGUGCAGACAGACCUUCACUACAAGACCUGUUUUAGGUAAAAACACCAUGCUGGCUGAAGUGGUGGAGAAUCUGAGGAAGAGAAAACUACAAAACGAUCAACUUGAUAACUAUUAUGCUGAACAUGGAGAUGUGGGAUGUGACGUCUGUACUGGAGACAAAAACAAAGCCAUCAAGUCCUGUCUGGUGUGUCUGGAAUCUUACUGUCAGACCCAUUUUGAACGUCACGAGGAAUUUCACUCUAGAAAGCGACAUAAAAUGACUGACGCCAUUGAAAGACUACAGGAGAUGAUCUGCCCUCAACAUGACAGACUGCUGGAAAUGUUCUGUCGCACUGACCAGAUCUGUGUGUGCAUGUUGUGUAUGGCGAAUGAACACAAAACCCAUGAUACCGUAUCACCUGCUGAAGAGAGGGCUGAGAAACAGAAUCACAUGGAAGAGACCAAGAGAACAUUACAGCAGGAAAUUGAGGAGAAACAGAAGGAGAUUCAGGAGCUGAGAGAGGCUGUAGAGUCUCAUGAGCGCUCUGAACAGGCAGCCAUGGAGGAGAGUGAGAGCAUCUUUACUGAGCUGAUCCGCUCCAUUGAGAGAAGCUGUUCUGAGGUGACACAGUUGAUCAGAGACCAGGAAAAGAUUCUUAAAAGUCAAACUAAAACACUCUUGGAGCGAUUGGAGCAGGAGAUUGAGGAUCUGAGGAAGAAAGAUGCUGAGCUGGAUCAGCUUUCACACACAGAACAUCACAUCCAUUUCCUCCAGAGAUUCCAGUCUCUCUCUGACCGUCUUGGAUCUACUGACUCGUCCAGCGUCACUGUCAGUUCUCGUCUUACUUUUGAUAAUUUAAGAACCUUUCUCUCUCAGUUGCAAGAGAAACUGCAGCAUACUUUUGAAGAAGAGAAAGAAAAGUUAUGUAGAAUAGUGAGAUACAUCGAGGUGAUUCCCACCCCUGAAUACAAGAGCAGGAAUGAGUUCCUACAAUAUUACCAGCGGUUCACUCUGAAUUCAGAUACAGCCCAUAAAUACCUCAUUCUCUCUGAGUCGAACAGAGUGGUUACUAACAUAAAGAAGGUCCAGCGGCAUCCCAAUCAUCCAGACAGAUUUUCUCAUUUGUGUCAGGUGUUGUGUCGAGAGAGUGUGUCUGGACGCUGUUACUGGGAGGUUGAGUGGAGUGGUAUUGUGGAUAUAACACUGUCAUAUAAGAGCAUCAAAAGGAAGGGAUGGGGAGGUGACCAUGAGUUUGGCUGUAAUAAUCUGUCCUGGUGUUUAAUCUGCACUGAAUCCGGUUGCUCAUUCGGUCACAAUUACAGACUGACUGAACUCCCUUUAGACUCCAUCUCCUCUACGAUAGGAGUGUAUGUGGAUCACAGUGCAGGAACUCUGUCCUACUACAGCGUGUCUGACUCAGUUAUGACCCUCAUUCACAGAGUCCACACUACAUUCACUCAGCCGCUCUAUCCUGCUUUUUUGAUUUGCUAUCAUUCAGAAGUGAAAUUUUGUGAUUCAGCCUAAUCUUUUAACACGUACAGUAUUUUUCCACUUUUUGUGUUCUGAGAAAUGUGAGGAUAGGUUAAACACCUUCCAGCAUGAUAUGAUCGCAAACUGUUCACGGUCCGGAUUUCUCAGCAAGUGCUGGUGGAACUACUGUAGAGUGACGAGACGAUGCUUUUCUAGUAUAGUAGCCUAUGUGAUCUUUCUACACGUCGUAUUCAUCACUGAUAAAAGUCAAUAAACCUUUUUUUCCUUUUCCUAGUUUUGUCAUCAUCAUUCAUAACGCAUUCAUCCCAGUGUGCGCCCAGGCCAGAGCAGGGUGUUUUAAUAUGCUUUGAGUCAAACUAUGUGCAAAUUCAUAAGUCAAUCAACACCAUUGCUGAGUAUUUUCUCCUUAAAACCUCAGUGAAAAAAUGCAGUUUGAAAUCGCUGGUGAUCUCUACAUCACCACCUAUUUAGUAACAUCACAUCAAUGUGCGGGGCUGGCUUUAGGAUAUCAUUAACUAUGCUGUGAAGUAGUGGAGUCGAUUCUGGUAUAUUUUUGAUAUAUGGCUUGUACAUUUUGCUGUCGAUAUAAAAAAUCAGGUACAUUUAUCAAUAUUGCGGGUUAAUUAUGUAUAUAAUGAUGUUACUAUGAACUAAUAUGACUUUGUCCACUGACGUUCUAAUUUGUUCAAAGCAUUUCUAAGGAUAUAGAUUUUAAGAAGGCAGACUGAAGUUGCGAACAGGAACGUGGUUCAUGUAACAUCAGCAACACAUUAUUAACCGUUUGAUA